UGUGCGCUUUUUCCAAUGUCAAAUAUUGGAGUCACGCGAUGAACCGCGCGAUAUCGCCGUAAUAGCGAAGGAUUUAUGAUCCUAUUUGUAACUUGGAAGAGGUGUCUCGGCGCGCUGAAAAUAUGACGGAAGUAGAAUGGAUAUCAAAACCCAUGGAAUAUGGGAGCGUGAAGUUUGCCUGCCUAGAAGAAACUACAGAUCAUCCUUUGAAGCCAGUCGUGAUCACUCUAAUUGAGGGACGUGGUGCGACUAGGCGCAAUGCAUUACGAAGUACAAGUACUGGUUCCUCUACUGGAACACCUACACCAACACACACGCCGGUUCCUACAAAUCCCCUGAGUGAUCCACUGUUAAGUCAUUCUUCCCUGGAUGGUUCUGACCCACUCACACAGUUUGCACGAGAAGAAUUGGAUCCUCUCUCUAAAAUGGCCGCAGAUGAAUGGGACUAUUCUAAUGUUGCACCUGCAAAUGUAAAAAAGUCAAAGGACACGGCGGAGGAAUUGGUAGAGCCUUGGUCUGUUAGACGUUCCGCUAUACUGAGUAAAUAUACAACCUCUGAGAAACUAUCAAUCGUAACUAGUUUUCUGCCAGGUGGAGAGAAAGUUGUAGUGAAAGUUCAGCCGAGCGGUCCCAUGGUCGACAAGGUAAAAACGCGAUUGGAACAGUUGGACGAUUUUGAGGAAGGUUCGGUAAGGCAAAUGCUGGACCUGUCACAGCAACAGUAUACCGCACGAAUCGAGCAAUUAAACAACGAACUGGUACAAGCGUGGCAUUCCGAUCAGAGAGUAAAGGCGCUCAAAAUUGCAAUACAGUGUGCCAAAUUAUUAGUAGAUACGUCUGUAAUGUCUUUUUACCCGAGCAAGUUUGUUCUCAUCACAGAUAUUUUGGAUAUCUUUGGUAAACUUGUAUACGAGAGAUUAAAAAUGAAGGCUGAAUACUACAAACCAGGUAGUAAAGUACCUACGAGCUUGCCUGACAAUUUUACGCCAGACAUGGUUCCCGAGAACGCGAAGGAAACCUGUCAGAAUUGGUUUUACAAGAUAGCUUCUAUACGCGAACUGGUGCCGCGUCUCUAUGUAGAAAUGGCAAUAAUAAAAUCUUAUAGUUUUCUAACGACUAGUGAAUUUAAUACUGCUUUGUUACGUAUAACUCGUAUGAUAAGAGGCAUCGGAAAUCCCUUGAUAGCGGUUUACGCAAGGUGUUAUUUAUGUCGCGUGGGACUCGCGUUGAACAAAACGUCAGAUUUUGAGUUUGUGAGGGAGAACUUGUACGAUUUUCUUUUCACGUACCAGCAGCUAUUUGGGACUGCUGUGAAAAACGAAAUAGUGAAACAAAAUAUCACCCUGCAUUCGUAUCUCAAUUUAUAUUCGCCAGCUUUAGAUUGGAUCGUACAGGUUUUGGUGGCGACGUUGUCCGAGAGUCUUCUCGAAGAGGUUUUAUCUCGAUGUAAAAAACAAGAGAACGGGUCGUUAUUAUUAAAUACAGUAUUGACUGCAUUUAAACCGACGUACAUUGCUGCACGUGCUAUGGAUUUUGUUAAUUUAAUAGUAGCAAGUGAAGACGAUGGAUAUCCUCAAUAUCUUUUAUAUCGAAGUUUGGGAGAGUGUCUUGUACGAGAAUCUCCGCCGAAAGAAGACUGUCAGUCGGUGCUUAACGUAAUAUGGAAGUACAUGACAGACCUCACAGAUCCCAACAAAUUUAUGCAUUGCAUUGAAAUCUGGAUUCAAUUCACUGUUAUACACUUUUCUGUAAACGAAUUAAAUUUAUUUUUUGGAAAAAUAAUAGACCGGCUACGACCGAACAAAACUUUCGAAAAUUAUUAUCCACAAUUGCAGAAUAUUAUUGAAAAAAUAGUCGCUCACACACAAGACUUUGAGUCGCUGCUUGCCAUGGACAAUUUUUUACCGCUAAUUGACUUGUUUCACAAGGAAAGUGUUAAGGUUGAAGUUUGUAAAACUGUUAUAGAAGGAUUAAGUGCGCAAAGCGGCCCUAUUACGGAUCCUAUUAUUAUAAACGCUCUGAUGUUUAUCGCGAGAAUAAUGCACGAUUCCGUUAGCGCUCUGACUGUCGAAGAUGAGAAACGACAGAUCGGACAGCUAAUAUGCAACCUAGUGCAACGAGUAGAUUAUGGUCGUGAUUUUGAGAAACAGCUUAGUUUUUAUGCAGAGUCCAGGGCGGCGUUUCCUAAUCUCGAUAGCGUUCACAUACAACUUGUACAGUGCGUAAAUAGAUUAUCAGUUGAUACUAGAAAAAUAGUACGUGGCCACCACACGAGGAGAACAUCGGCGUUUGUACGUGCCUGUGCUGCGUUCUGUUUCAUUACUAUACCGUCGUUAACUUUGGUUCACACACGCCUUCAAUUGUAUCUAUUAUCCGGCCAAGUUGCCCUUUUGAAUCAAUGUCUAGGCCAAGCCGAUGCCUGCUUCAAGGCCGCUUUAAGUUUACUUCCGGAAAUGCCGAAAACCAUCGAUAUCGAUGGAAGACAGAAGAGCUCGCAGCCAUAUUUGCUCUCAUACUUGUCGAAUUUCUUGUCAACGUUGUUAGUAGUUCCUGAUAGCCCAGAGCAUGGUGUCCUGUAUUUAAUGAGAGGCUUGCUCAACGCGGUUCAACGUUGCUUCGAGGAGAAUACCUCAACCAAAUCAUAUUUGUACUUACGUGUACUCGAUCUUCUUUCGACGGUGGCACAGGAAAAUUAUCCGUAUCAUAUCGAUAAGGUCGACUCUAAUGAUAAAUUAUAUGGAUCUGAUCAGAAAUUCAUUGGCGAAGUCAAUAAAAUAUGUUCAAAGAUUGUUGAAGAAAUCUUAAGUCAUCUCAAGUAUCUUGGAUCUACCGAGCAAUUUGACAAACAAUCGGCUUUGGCACUUGAAUUGUUUAAUUGCUUUAUUAUUCGUGCAGAUUUACGGGAUGCCGCAUUAGCGAACAUGGCUGUAAAUUUGUGGCACUUGUCACAACGACAUGGUUCAGUAGAUUCUAAAGUGAUGAUGAGAACAAAGGCUUACAUGAUACAGAAGAGUCAUCAUCGAGAAUACGAACAUUUUACUGAAAUACUCAAAAAAAUGAAAUGAGAUGAAUGAUAUUGGAUAACUUGUUGAUAGUAACCAAGACCCAGACUUAAACAUUUUUUAUUGGCAGUUUUUUUUAUUGGAAGACAUUUUGUAAUUGUGCAAUAAUUUUUCUGACCAUGUCAAUCAGGUCAAAUAGCAAAUAAUGGCAGAAGUGACAAAACGGAAUAUAAAUUGUAACGAUUAAUUGUUACAAUUUAAUAAAAGUUAAUAUACGUUAUAACAAUUAAUAUCGUUAUGCAUCACUUUAUACUAUAUUUUCCAAAAUAUACCAAAUACUGCUAAAAAAGAUAUGAAAUAUAUUUAUAUAUAUAAAUAAUCAAUGUAAGAAUUUAUACUCAAUAAAAAUGCCAAUCGGACUUUUA